UCCACUGAUAAAAGAACGACUUCUGUAUUACGAACUGAAAAUGAUGUUCGGAGCACUGAUACGAAUAGUCUGACUGGUUCGAAUCACUCAACUAGUCGCAAAAGAUGUUACACUGUAACAGCGGGUCUUAUACAUCCCAAACGUCAGUACAAUCUUAUGCGCACGGAUGAAUCCAAAAGUAAACAUACAAGUACAUCCAUGCAUUUUACCAGCCCAUUCAAAAUUCUUGAUGCACCGGUAAAGAAUUUAUCCAUCAUUAAAGCAAAGCUGAACGAAAGGCAAUGUGACGGGGAGUCUGUCAGAGAUUCAGGUUUUUUCUUGAUGAAGAAGAGCAAGAAAUCUCUUUUGGUCCCACAGGUCGUGACAAUUCCAGCGACUCCUCCAACUUCCUGUUCAGUCGACGAAAAUAAUUCGGGUUGUCUGUAUAAUCACCCAUUAAGCUUGCCAUCCAGCACACCUCUUCCCACACUAAGUAGAUAUUUUAAACCAGAGACUAGCCCUCCGGAAAUCCAAGAGCUACAUGGACCAGAAAUGUCGCUAAUUGCUUCUGCUACAAACGCACUCUCACGAAGAAGACAAUGGAAAUCUUUCGGUAAAUCCUUAUCAAUUAAUAUUCCUCUCCAAACUGGAAGCUACAGCGAUACCUCUUGCGGGACAACUUCCCCAACGUCGUACGAUUCUCUCCUUCAACAGCCCCAUUACGAGAGCAGCAAUCACUUGGCUGCCAGUCAAAGGCAACCAAGUUUCGUAGCUUUAAACAUGGAUGGCGACGAUUUGCCGCACUAUAUCGAUUCCUCGUCCGACACAACCUCGUCUUCAGAUCAAUUUGUAACCUGUUUAAACACGUCAUUUCCCAGUUCAAAUGAAUUUCCAAACGAAGACGCAGAUGAGAAUGAAGAUUUUACCAAUUUUUCCGGCUGCAAUGGCACACAGAGUGCUGUUUCUUUGAAAUGCACUGGGACUGCAGCUUUGAAGUCAAAUUUUCCUGAAGACAGAGUCGACCUGAAUGACAGAAGGAAUAGACUCUCUAGAGGCUUUACGGUGGACAGGACUCUCGGCAAGCCGGAAUCGCCGAGAGAGAUACCGAAGCCUCGGUCGUCUUCUGUGCCUCCCAAACGUAUUUAAGCCCACGACGUACUACUGCUUCGUCUGUGAUUUGUAAUUUUUAAGGCUAAGACGUUGACGUUUAUUUGGGGAUUUAAAUGUCAAUAAACAGGGUAACUGCCUUUUGUUUCUGAGCCCAUUACGACGCUGGAGGCGUAACAUUUUUCCUAUAAUUUAUUUUCAGUUUUGUUUUGAUUAGCAAUUGAUCUUUGUUUGAUGUUUGAAUAUUUUACUCGCAGUAUAAAGUUUUGGGCUACAAAGUAUGAGGCCGAAUUGGAUUUUAGUAUAUAAAUUGCUUGGUCAGAUUCUAUUGCUGAUUGCAGAAACGCAAUCAUGUCCUCUCCAAGUCUCUUUAAAGUUAAAAAAUAUUUUGUUUAAUACUCUUUAUCAGCGACUUUUAAAGAUAAUUUUAUUAAUACUCUUGAAUGUUGUUCUUGAAUAGAGUAAUUUGACAUUGACACUCGCGACCGCGGAGUUGCAGUGAAAAGUAUAAACGAAUCAUUUUAAGGGCGCUCAAAAUUGAAUAACUUUGAUAGUAUUGUGAUACAUUUUUAUGACAUUUCCAGAAUCUCUCUAAUAUUCUUGCUUCUACGGUAGGAAUCGGUAGUUGGUUACGGCAUAUGUUUAAGGUAAAUCGUUUUCCUAUGCCGAGGAGUUUCGAGCUCCUUUUUGUUACCACUGCUUUAAUCGGUAGGAAUAAGCUCCGGCAAUAUUUAUCUGCUAGAGUUCUUUGUUGUCAUCCUCCAAGUCAAAACUAAUAUGUUAAUGCUCGUCGCUUAUACGUUUACAAGUAAUGACUGUACAGUAUGUAUUUUUCUAGUCUUACACUGUGUGUGAUCAUCGCUUCUUUCCUAGAUGUGGUCACAAUUAUUACCUUAAGUAUGCAGGGAACCACUCUCCCUACUAUUGAGUCACGAUUGUGAUAGUGCUUAACUUGUUUACCUUGUGCAUUUGAACAGAGGCAUUUUUUAUUAAGUCGUCUUCAUAAGCCAUUAACAAGAUUGUCGCUGUGCAUUGGCUCCUGGUACUAGGUGAUUCACGGAAACUUCCUGUUUUGUAUUUUGUGCCGAGCAGCCAGGUGUUGUAGGAAAAGGGUGGGGAGUAUUUCAUAUGAAAGGGAAAGAAAUGAAGUUUUGUUUCCUGCCUAGUCAGAUGCCACUAUGCGUUGGACAAGUCAGCAGCGUGCGUUUGCUCUCGAGGCGUACUUUACUAAUGGUCGUUCCAUUAUCGCUACUCAACGAGCAUUCCGUGCUCGGUUCUCCGAUUUUGCUCCGUGUGAUUUUUUAUGGGGUUAUCUUAAAUCAAUAGUUUACAAUGAAUGGUUGUCUAAGGACCCUACCUCAUUUGAAGAACAACAUACGCCAAGCCAUCGCCAACUUAC